GGAUGGAGGGGGAGACUCAGACAUCUGGGUUAUGUCUUAUAUUAUGGUGACUUACUGUACAUUUCAGACAUCCCAGCUCUCCUGGAAGUUCCAGGAGUCUCCUGCAUGUUGGAGGCAGUUGCCUGAUGUCUGCUCUCCAUCUUCAAAGAUUCUAGAUAAGGUCUUGGGUCUUUGCUCUUUCUCACACAUGCUCUGUCUCUAAAAAACAAAUGUCUGGCAUAUUAUAUAUCAUUUGUGGACAUCAGGGAGCCCCUAUCAACAUGCAGGAGACUCCCAGAACUUGGAGAGCUGGGAUGUCCGACAUUAUGCCAAAAUAUAAUCUUGGUAGUAGAUGGACCACGUGACAAUUGAUAUAAAUACUCAAUGUUUUGUUGAAACCUCUUUGUUCUGGACUGAAAGAAGUGAGAGAAAAUUUGCAGUCCACCAAUGUGGAGCAACGAUUGAUGUAAAUAUAUCCCUUUUCCCAAAAUUCAACUUGUUAGCAUUAAAUCAUCCAUUUAUUCAUCCAUCUUUCAGCUGCUCAUGCAGUACAGGGUCCCAGUGUAUCUGAAGAGUCUGUCUUAGAAAAGAAAAGUAAGGAAAAGAAAGCAGUACAGGGAAGACUGAGCCUUAUUCAGUAAUGCUAAUAAAACUCAGAACGCUGGUGUGAGGGGACAGCUGGCAUGUGGCUUCUGAUGACUGUUUAUCUGCUAAACCUUUUUAGGGCAUCAGAGGUGGCUGGGUGUGGCACUUGUGUGUUUUUUUCUUCUUCUUCUUAUAACCCACUGAAAAGGAGUACCUGGACUGAGGUCUCUCCUUUUCAGUGGGUUAAUACCUGGACUGAGGUCUCUCCUUUUCAGUGGGUUAAUACCUGGACUGAGGUCUCUCCUUUUCAGUGGGUUAAUACCUGGACUGAGGUCUCUCCUUUUCAGUGGGUUAAUACCUGGACUGAGGUCUCUCCUUUUCAGUGGGUUAAUACCUGGACUGAGGUCUCUCCAUUUCAGUGGGUUAAUACCUGGACUGAGGUCUCUCCUUUCCAGUGGGUUAAUACCUGGACUGAGGUCUCUCCUUUUCAGUGGGUUAAUACCUGGACUGAGGUCUCUCCUUUUCAGGGGGUUAAUACCUGGACUGAGGUCUCUCCUUUUCAGUGGGUUAAUACCUGGACUGAGGUCUCUCCGUUUCAGUGGGUUAAUACCUGGACUGACGUCUCUCCUUUUCAGUGGGUUAAUACCUGGACUGAGGUCUCUCCUUUUCAGGGGGUUAAUACCUGGACUGAGGUCUCUCCUUUUCAGUGGGUUAAUACCUGGACUGAGGUCUCUCCGUUUCAGUGGGUUAAUACCUGGACUGAGGUCUCUCCUUUUCAGUGGGUUAAUACCUGGACUGAGGUCCCUCCUUUUCAGGGGGUUAAUACCUGGACUGAGGUCUCUCCUUUUCAGUGGGUUAAUACCUGGACUGAGGUCUCUCCUUUUCAGUGGGUUAAUACCUGGACUGAGGUCUCUCCGUUUCAGUGGGUUAAUACCUGGACUGAGGUCUCUCCGUUUCAGUGGGUUAAUACCUGGACUGAGGUCCCUCCUUUUCAGGGGGUUAAUACCUGGACUGAGGUCUCUCCUUUUCAGUGGUUUAAUACCUGGACUGAGGUAUCUCCUUUAUCUGUUGUAUUUCUCAGAUUUUUCUUGGAAGAAAGUCACCUCGAAGAAAGCUCAGUACGGUCUGUAAAACAGAUCUCCAUAGGCUCUGGGAGAAGUCUCACUUUUUCACCACCCCAGAUAUCUUUAGGCACAGUGAAGAAAAGAUCUGACCUGAUUGUGUAUCUCAGCUGAAAAUUUCUCAUGGAUCUCAGGGACUAAAAGCAUGGUUUAAGGAUAAAAAUACUUUAAAAAGUUAACUUUAAACAUUUUUCUUCAGUGACUUCCCGGAAAAGCAAAUAACUUUGAAAUAGCAUUAAGAAUAUUCUCUGAAAAGUGAGUUAUACAGGGCACAAUAGAUACUGGCAUCGUCAUUCAUAACAAAAUUGAGCUAAUAUUAUAAUAUGAUAAUGAAAACUUGUCAGUAUAUUUGAGCUGUUUUAUUUGUAUAGUUUGUUGGUCCUAGAGCAGAGUAGGAUGGUAACGAUUAACCAGUAAUAAUUGGUAAUAGUUUACUUGACAGGUAACAAACACUUAGUAAUAACUCAGUUACUUGUGAAGUAUAAAUUAUGAAGAAAUCAUGAACAAAUAUAGUUGCUACUUGAGAUAAAAGAUCUCAUUAAUUGUGAACAUGAGAUCAGCACUUCACUUGUGGUAUACAUGACGUGUUCCUUCCGUAGUUCCUUCAGUAGUUCACAAAUAUUUACAGAAUUAACAGAUAUGGAAUCAAAUAUAGUAACUGCUUGAGAUUAAACGUGUCACGAUUAAUUAAAGAUGAUUAAUUUACAUGAGACCAGUAUGUAACUAAAACUUAGUUUGUGGUUAAUUAAUGCAUAAGUAACAGUUUAAUGCUGUAUUAUAUGUGCCAUUGAAGUAAAGUGCUACCUAAUAACCUAUGAAAGUUUGUGUGCCGAAACAGUACCACCAAAAAGCCUAAUCAUGAGUAGAGAUGGAGGAUCUUAAGUGGUUGCCCAGCAAAAGCCUUAUGAAUGGAACUCCUGUGUUCCUUUUCUCUCCCUUCCUGCCUCCAUCCUCAGCGUUGCCAUGAGUGAUGCUGGAAAAACAUGUGGCAGGAGUUGAGAAGCCCAAAGGCCUGUAGUCUGCCCUGCUCCAGACAAACUCUUUAUUAGCAGAGCAUCUCGUGACGUGGCUUCAGCAAGCCUGGCCUUUAGAUAAGUGCACUGGCUAUGCCCAGGUACUGUACAAGAAAUUAACAUGUUUCCAGUAAUCACUAUUCCAUUUAGGGUUGUCUUGAUUUGGGGUGUAUCCCAGGACGUGUAGGAAGCAAGAACAUAAGACAGUUACACAUCGUUUUGCAUCUGCCACUGAUUUUCUUGUACAGAAAUGUUGGAAGAGCAUGUUGCUCUUGAAGGAAGAGCCUUGUAAUUAGACAGCGAUAGCUUUAUGUGUAGAUGAGCAACGGUGUAGUUUUCCUUGCAAACGAACAUACCACUGAGUAGUGCGAAACACAAACUCUGGAGUAUUUUAAUGAACCGAAAUAACACGUUUUAAACGUGCAUUGUUUGUGCUUUUGCUUGCAUGCCUUAGCAGCAGCCAGAAGGCAGUCUGAUAACAGUGAUUUUAUCUGAAAAUUAUUCUUGCAGUUGACUAAAGCCUAAUCUUGUUUUUUUAAAGGUGCAGCAGGUGCAUGUUGGAGAGUGAGUCAGUGCAUCACAGGACAGACAGAAAGACAGACAGACAGACAGACACACAUACACACUCAAGUACACACUCUGAGACACCAGGGCACCAUGCAGGGACAAGGGGCCUGUAGCCUGUUACUGUGAGUCGACAGCACGACCCGUAGAGACACCGUGUUCUCACACCAUUACUAUCAUGGUGUAAACAAGUGUCAGUCUCUGGGAAAAUGAGCCUGGCUUGUGCUUGGUGGUGUCAGCCAGAAUCAAUGUAGGAAGAAAAUCCCAGCAGGCUCCAGAGUGUCAGCAUUAAACAAGCCAAGAUAUAAAACCCGGUGCCAUGAAAACUGUCGCAGUCCUCAAGAUCUUUAAUAAUAAUUCAGUAAAAACUGAAUCAGCUCCAUCAGUUCCAGGAGGGACAUCAUAAGGAAAGAAAGUCUCCCGUAGAGCGACCUGGAAACUGUCUUCAUAUUAUAGAAAAGACUUAUGAUGGAGAUACCUGAAAGAACAGCCCUGACUUUGCAUGUUUAGACCAAUACUCAUGUUUACCUGAUGCCUCGGUUAAAGGUCUUUCACUUAUGCUCCCCUGUUCUGCUUCUCUAUUCCUUUCCAUCU